CACGACCUCCAAACCUUCACAAACCCCUUCUUUCGCUUCACCCCCAAAACUAGAGGAGAGAGAAAACUCGCAGAGAGAAAAUGGUGCAGAGGCUUACUUACCGUAGAAGGCAUAGCUAUGCCACUAAAUCUAACCAGCAUCGCAUCGUCAAAACUCCUGGUGGGAAGCUAGUCUACCAGACUACCAAGAAGAGGGCUAGCGGUCCUAAAUGUCCUGUUACUGGCAAGAGAAUCCAAGGGAUUCCUCACUUGAGACCCACCGAAUACAAGAGGUCAAGGUUGCCUAGGAACAGAAGGACUGUGAACCGUCCUUAUGGUGGAGUUCUGUCCGGUAGUGCUGUUAGAGAGCGGAUCAUAAGAGCAUUCCUCAUUGAAGAGCAAAAGAUUGUGAAGAAGGUUUUGAAGAUCCAAAAAGCCAAGGAAAAGGUGGCUGGAAAGAGUUGAAAAUAGACGCCAUUUAUUUGAAUGGUAAAUUUUGGUGCUUCAGUGAAGCAAAUCUUGGGAAUGUGAGGUGUCUUGAGAAUUGGAUUUGUAUCUUACAGUUGGAUAAUUUGAGCGUAGUUUCUAAUAGAACUUUGUCGACAACUCUAGUUUUCUAUGUUUGUUCUCUUGAUUUUAUGUCAAAUACAUCUAAGAUGAAUGGUUUGUGCAAUAUUAGAUUAUUGUUUCCCUUUUA